AUUUAUUUACCGUAAGUUUUUUUCUCAUCAAGGUCUCUCACUGAACAAUAUGCGCUUAACACAGCAAUGUAUUCUUGCAAUUGGAGAUACAGGAAAUGGAAAAAGCUUUACAGCAAAUAUUUUUGGUGCGAAUGCGAAAGUUGGAGAUACAUCAAUAUCCGAAACUGAUGAAAUUACAAUUUAUAAUAUUAAAGGAGGCUUCUACAUUGAUACGCCUGGGUUUAACGAUACUGAUGAAGAAAAGAAAGAUGAAAAGACUGUGCAUUUGAUUUUUCUAAAGAUGAUGGAGUCGAAUAUUCAGAAUAUAACAACAAUCUUAUGGUUUGUAACACCUGAUAUCAGAGCGAGAGGCUCUUACAAACGUCAAGCACAAUUUAUAGAAUCAUUGGCUAAAUACCAUAAAGGGAAUGCAUGGGACAAUACCAUCAUCGUCACUAAAGGUGACCAAUCUAGUAAUAGUGAUGGUCCCCGUGAUGCUGCCAAAGAAAUAGCCCGAGAUAUUUCAAAAACUGGCGAGUUUAAAAUAUUGUUAUUAGAAAGUUUACCACCUACAAAUAUUUAUGUUAAAGGGAAGUUCCAAAGUGAUGAAUUAAAUGAGUAUGGUGUUUUUAAAGCAUCAGAACCAGAACUAAUCCUUGCAAAGUAUGAAUCAUUAAUGAAGGGACAUCUCGAAUGUCCAAUAUGUCUAAACCUUAAAAAAGUCAAGUGUUCUAAAUGUUGUGAAGAAACUGAUCCAAGGUUAGCAUUUCCUAAAUGUCAUUUGGAAACGGAGUCAUUUCAUCCAAAUACAGAAAAUGUUCAUAACGGAAAUGUUAUAGAUAAUCAUCCAUUUUCCUAUUCUUAUAAGCAUUCUGAUCGUUAUGUUGAGGCUAGAACGAGAUAUGAUUUUGACCAUAGUCCUCCUGCUUGGGUAGUUCGUGUCGCUACUAUUGGAAUAGUAAAUCCUCACUGUCCUGCGAUAGAAAAUGGAUAUUGGAAUUGCUGUCAUAAUAAUGAUGCUAAUUCACGUGGAUGCAAGGCUUUUUAUCCAUGUUGCGGAAAUGAUAUCCAUUCUUCUGGAUGUCAAAAAAUUUAUGAUGUGUGUAGACACAAAUGUGAAGAAACGGGUUGCCUUACAAUUUGUAAAAACUGUAAAAAGAAGUUGGAUGAAAAAGGUUGUAAAGAGAGGUGCAAGAAUUGCAAAAAUGAAAAUUCAUGUAAUAUAAAAGGGUGUAUCGAAAUACCUCAUAAUUGGCUUAACUAAUUAUUUUAUUUUUUUGAUUUUAAUAUCAUAAUUAGUUACAUUAUUUUUAUGAUAUAAAAAUACGUUUGUUAGACCCUGUUUUUUUGGCGCAUUCAAGCCAUUCAUGUGAUGUUAAAAGAUUAUCACUGUUUUCAAAUUAGUGGGACUCCUGAUCGUGUAACAAUAUGUAACUCACGAACUGUUCUAAUAAAACUUUUUUGUUAUGUUUAGUUUCUUGUAAUUUCUCGCGAUUUUAUAAAUUUUUUACUAUAAACCAUGUAUUUACCAAGUUUCAGGUACAAUAUUGACUAAAUAAAAGUUGGUUUUCA